AUGUCCUUUCGCAAGGUCAUUUUGGAAGAGCCCUUGACCAAGUCGCAGGCGUUGAUCGAGGGUGAGGAGUUCGAGGCCAAGAGCGGAUUUAUGGGUAACAUCAAGGUCAAGGGGAAAUUGACGAGCGACUCGCAUCCAAAAGGUCAAGAAGGAGACUCUAACGAGCUGUGCAUCAAAAUUGAAGACUUUGAAGCGAAGAAGCCAGACGCGUUCAAGGAUCCCAAGAAGCGCGACAACAAGUCUUGGUCCGAGUUCACUUCGGGCGUCAAGCUCUCCUUCAAAGGCGGGGAGAUACUGGUGAAGGUCAAGUUCUUCGACGAGCUCGUGGUGGAUCGGCUCACAGAUCAAGCGGGCGUCAGGCUCUCCUUCCCCGCAGACGCUCGCGUGAUCAAGCUAGAAGGACGGAUGGACAGGUACAGGCUCAUAUUGGACUCGUGGCAGCCUCCGGACAACCUGCCCGAGACCGAGGAGGACAACCCCCAGGAGUAUUUCGGGGUGGAGAUCUUCCCUGCGAAGAUCAAGAGGCGAUACGAGGACGCGAAGAAGAAGAGGGACGAGGAGAAGGCUCAGGCCCAGCAGAAGAGCGCCGUCGACAAGGUGAGGGACCAGAUGGCGGUUGCCUUUGUCAAGGAGGAGACGCCGGUCCUGACCCACCUGGGCACCCACAUCUUGCCCCCCAAGCAGGUCAUCUUCGAGCACGGGCCGGAGCCAGAGUUGACGCUGGCUUUUGCGGACACCCAGGACGGCAGCGUCACACGGACGACGAUACACUUCCUCGACGACGCAGGACGCGAGCGGUGGCGACAGGCUUUGGCGUGGUUCAUCUCCAAGUUGGGUUCCGGCUGGCGGCGAGAGGAAUAG